AUGCUGUGCGAGAAGCCCUUAGUGCUCCUCCUCGCUGCAUGCCUGGCAUUGGUCGUUGCCUUGGUAGAGGCGAGUGAGCGUCAACCGCAUUUGGAGCUUCAUCGCGAAUUGCGCAAGAGAAAUGCAGCCUCAACCGACCCGUCUGAACUCAAUGGUAAGACAUUCGAUUAUGUUGUGAUUGGUGGUGGCCAAGCUGGUCUGGUUGUCGCCUCUCGCUUGUCUGAGAACCCUGAUAUCUCAGUCGCUGUCAUUGAGGCCGGUACCUCGGGCACUGCCAAAAACGAGUCGGAAAAGAUUGAUAUACCCGCAGCCAACCUGUACAAUUCACCUGGCAAGACGUACAUGAACUGGAAGUACAACACUGUUAAGCAGCCUCAGCUUAACGAUCGGGUGACGUCUUGUCCUCGUGGAAAAGUUCUGGGUGGUAGCAGUGCUAUCAAUGGUCUGUACUACGUUCGCCACAGUGUGGGCGAGCAGGACGCCUGGGGCAAAAUUGUGGAUGACAAGGAACUUUGGGGCUGGAACAACAUGUACAGGGCCAUGAAAAAAUCUGAGACAUUCACAGAACCAAAGAGUUCUGUGGCAGAUGUCGAUCGAAUUGUGGCUGAGCCGAAUUCCCACGGCAAGGAUGGCCCUAUCCAUGCAAGCUGGCCCGCUGUACCAUUUGAAUGUACUGGUGCAUUCAUCAAUGCUAGUGUCGAUGUUGCCGCGCCGUUCGCAAAUGACCCAUAUGCUGGUACGAAUCUCGGCACGUAUGUUGCGACGUCGAACAUCAACCCAACAAAUUGGACUCGCAGCUUCUCGCGCACUGGCUACUACGACCCAUUCGUGUAUCGCUCGAAUCUUCACGUUCUCACGCAGCAUUUGGUUACAAAGAUCAACUUUGAUAAGAGUGGUAAACAGCUGAAGGCAACGGAAGUGAAGUUCAAAUCGAGUCCAGACUCUGACGAGUACACCGUUAAAGUCGGGCGUGAGGCCAUCAUUAGUGGCGGUGCCAUCAAUACGCCCCAAAUUCUUCAACUCUCAGGUAUCGGUGAAAAAGGUUUCCUGAAGUCCAAGGGUAUUGAUGCUGUACUUAAUUUGCCAGGUGUCGGUUAUAAUUUACAGGAUCACGUGUCUGGUGGUGUUGAGUGGCAACCCAAAGGCACUACGAAGCUGCCUCCUCAGGACUUGAAGCAAUCUAAGGAAGUCAACUCGUACACAAACAGUGCAGUGGCCUACCUAAAUGGUUCACAAGUCAUGAAGGAUCAAUGGGGCACGUACCUUGAUCAGGUGAAGGGUAACAAGUCGAAGGCCGUAAAUGCAUUGCCAGCUCCCGACUCUGUGAAGAAAGGCUACGAUCUCACUUACCAGACUGUGCUGGACACGAUUCAGAAUCAGAUUGCGACAAUGGAAAUCCUUUUCUCCACGGCAUUUGGCAAGAUCCAAGUCCAAGCUGCACUGCAACACGCGUUUUCACGCGGCACUGUCAUGAUCAACUCGAAGGAUCCUUUUGAGCCUCCAAACAUUGACCCUCGCUACCUCGAGCAAGAGUCAGACAUGUUCAUGCUGCGCGAAGGUUUCAAGGUCGCUCGUAGCAUUGGCGAAGCAGCACCAUUAAACUCGUAUCUGGAGAAGGAGACAAAUCCUGGCAAAGAUGUGUCGAGCGAUUCCGACUGGGAAAACUUUAUUCGGGGCCGUGUUCAGACGGAGUUCCACAUCAGUGGAACAGCGGUGAUGCUUCCAAAGGACAAAGGCGGUGUCGUGGACAAGAACCUGAGGGUGUACGGCACGUCAAACUUGCGCGUCAUCGAUGCAUCUGUUGUACCGUUUGUUGUUUCGUCGCAUUUCAUGUCUCUCGUGUAUGGUCUUGCGGAGAUCGGGUCUGAAAUCGUUUUGGACUCGUACAAAACUCGCAAUGGUAACAAUAAUCGCAAUGGAAGCGGAAACGGUAAUAACAAAGACGGUGCCAGUAGCGGCAACAACAACAACAACACAACAACGGUGAUAGCAAGAACGACAAUAAGAGCGACAGCUCGAGUAACAAGAACGACGAUGGCAAGAACGAUAAUAACAGCAACCAAAACUCUCAGCCUAAUUCCGGAAGUAAGGCGUCGAAAGAUGGCGAUGCUUCCGGCAAUAGUCGUGAUGCUGCUUCCAGUGUUCAUACGUCGAACCUCUUGUUGUCUCUUAUGGUGA